AUGCCAAUGCUGGAGCUGGUAACUCACGAAGGCCAAUGGGCUCGUUCUGGCUCGCACUUGCUUCCAAAUCUCACAAUUGAGCCAACAGAGCACGAGAACAGGAGGCAUCGGUCAGACCCCGGCACGGCCCGAGACCUCACCUACCUAUCAAGCGUCAUCGGUUUUGCGGUCCAAAGCAACAAUGGGGAGCUGUACUGGCCAUACUGGUCAUCCUUUAACAUGUCGACUUGUGAACGACAAAAUAAACCUGCAAAGUGGCCCCCACGUAACAAGGCCUAA